AUGCGUUUGGAAGGAUCAUCUAUACUAUUACAUUCAAGAAGAUUAUUUCAGCAGUUCUUAGUUGAUUCAUAUACUAUGAUUGAGUCUGAGCAUCUUAGAUAUUUACGCAACAACCAACCUAAGCUCAGGGUUAACAAGUACAACUCAUUGCACGAAUCUUUAGUUAGGGGAGAAGCUAAUGCGAUUCUUUCUGGUCAAAGAAUAAUUCUUCCAAGCAGUUUCACUGGUGGUCCUAGAUACAUGUUCAACAAUUGUAAAGAUGCAUUUGCCAUUUGCAAGUAUUUUGGAUACCCCAGUUAUUUUAUCACAAUUACUUGCAAUCCUAAAUGGGACGAGAUCAAACGCCUUUUACAUGGCACUGUCCUUAAGGCCGAGGAUCGUCUUGAUAUUGCCUCAAGAAUCUUUAGUAUUAAGUUAGAUGAGUUGAUAUCUGAUUUCAAGAAUGAGAGGUUCUUUGGCAAUAUUUUUGCAUAUGUGUGCACAGUUGAAUUUCAGAAACGAGGUCUACCACAUGCUCACAUUCUAUUGUUCAUGCAACCACAAUAUAAGCCUAAAUCACCCGAUGAUAUUGACCGUGUGAUAUCAGCUGAAAUCCCUGAUAAGACUAACAUGCCUAGACUUUAUGCAGCUGUUGAGAAGUUCAUGGUUCAUGGUCCAUGUGGGAGGCACAACAUCAGUAGUCCAUGCAUGAUAAAUGGAAGGUGUUCUAAGUUUUUUCCAAAGCCAUUCAGUAAUAGAACGAUUAUUGAUGAGGGUGGUUUCCCAAAGUAUAAAAGGCUGGAUAAUGGUCAUACAAUAACUAAGAAGAAUGCAGUUUUGGAUAAUUCUUAUAUUGUACCUUACAAUCCUGAUCUACUCUUAAAGUAUGGUUGUCACAUUAAUGUGGAGCAUACAUGUCAGACUUCUUCUAUUAAAUAUUUAUUCAAGUACGUCCGUAAGGGUAAUGAUAGGGUUACUGCCUCAUUUUACCAAACAUCUGGUGAUGGGUCUCUUCAACAAGUUGUUGAUGAGAUACGUAACUACUAUAAUUGUCGUUACAUUUCUGCAUGUGAGGCAGCUUGGUGGAUAUUUGGUUAUGAGAUUCAGCUUAAAGAACCUGCAGUAAUUCGUCUACCAUUCCACCUACCUGAUGAGCAACCAGUUGUUUUCAAGGACCAUGAAAACAUUGCUGAUGUUAUUCAACGUGUAGAUGGUAAGGUUACUAAGUUAGCUGCUUGGAUGUUGGCUAAUCGUGAGUAUCCUUUUGCUAGAUCUUUAACAUACAGCGAAUUUCCUACAAAAUUUGUAUGGAAUGAUGAUUCAUGCAUGUGGUUUCCUCGCAAACAAGGCUUUUCUAUUGGACGGCUGACUCAUGUUCCACGUGGUAACGGUGAGGAUUAUUACAUGAGAAUAUUGUUAAACAUACAAAGAGGAUGCAUGAGUUUUACUGAUUUACGUACUGUGGAUGGUGUGCAGUGCUACCAACAAUUAUCUGAAUAUUUGUUAUAUUCACAUAGAAUUUCAACACUUAAUCCAGACAUUCAGCUUAGUGAUGAUCAACUACUAAAUAUGACUCUUUCAAAGGUUGAGAUGAUGUUGCAAGCUAAUGGUAGGUCACUUCGAGAGUUUAAUGGUAAGACAUUUCUAUAUAGGGCACUUUCUGCAGCUAUUCGUGCCAAAGGAGAAAUUGUUCUUAAUGUUGCCUCAAGUGGAAUUGCAUCUCUUUUGCUUCCAAAAGGCCGUACAGCUCAUUCUAGAAUUGGUGAUGGUCUUGAAGGAGAUUCAAUUGAUGGUGAGUCUGAGGUAAAUAUUCCAGAAGAAAUUCUAAUCAAGGACAAUGCUGAUGGCUUUGACAAUAUCAUUAGAUUUGUAUAUCCUGGUAUACUUACUAAUUUGCAGCAGUCAACUUUUUUCAAGGAGAGAACCAUUCUUGCUCCUACACUAGAUGUUGUGCACGAGAUAAAUAAUCAUAUAAUGAAGCAUAUUGAAGCAGACGAGAAGGUUUAUCUGAGUUCUGACUCCAUGUACGUUGAAGAAGGUAGCAUGGAGUCAGAACUUGAUACAUUUACUCCUAACGUACUAAAUGCCAUUAACUGCUCAGGUUUACGACCUCAUGAACUUAUAUUAAAAGUAGGUGUUCCUGUUAUGUUACUAAGAAAUAUUGACCAAUUUAAUGGACUUUGCAAUGGUACAAGAUUACAGAUUCCAAAGAAGGCAAUUUUCAUUGGUCAUCUCAUUUGCAAUGGCCAUUAA